AUGCUGAAGGCUGGGGACUUAUGCAGGAAGACAGCAUCUUUGUCUCUUCUUGAUGGAGACAUUAUCUCGUCUUCAUUCCUCUCUGCUGUAGCAGCAGAGACUGAACAACAGCUACAGGAAGAGGGGCGCGUGAUGCUGUCCGCCUUGGCGCAGAAACACAGUCUGCCUCUCUCCUUCAUCAAACAAGAAAUACCUCAAAGGCUCUGUCCCCAACUAGAGGUGUCUCUGCAGGCGGCCUCCUUGGAGACAGCAGCUUUUGCUGCUCACGUUGCUGCAGCAACUCGGGGUCUCCUCCGCGGUGCUGUGUCUCCUUUGUCUCUGACUGAAGCUGCGCAGGCCCUCGACUUACCUCUAGAGAAUGUGCUGCAUGCUGCGCUGGAGUUAAUUAAAAAUGACGAAGUGUUGUCGUUCUGGGAUGCGAAUGGGUUUGUCUCCUUCUCGCUGCUGCAGCAGAUAUUUGGGGUUGAGGCGAAGGCCUAUGCGAGGAGACAGCUGGAAGGAGCAACAGAACUGAGCACCGUCUUUAUCAAGGAGACACUUCUGUUGUCUCCUAAAGCGGCACUCGAGGAGACUCUUGCUGAGGAGAGCUGGGUAGAGCUCGCACCUUUGCUGCCUGCUGCUCUUACAGAAGGAGACUUAAAAGCUGUUGCUGCGCUGCUGCUGUCUCCUUUGGGCAGCACAAAGAAGGGGGGCCCCCAAGCACACGUCGUAGAGGGGGGUAUCGUUGUCUCUGAGGCCUUCAUAGCUGCGCUUACUGAAGCAUUAAACCCUACAGUGCAUGCAAAGGCUGUGCAAGCAGCAGCAAAUGCGGCAGCUAACAAGUCCCCUGCUGCUAAACAGCAGCAACAGCAGCAGCAGCAGCAGCAGCAACAGCGAGCAGCAAAAACGCCGACCAACGCAGCUGGCGAGAGCGACUGGGAAGAUGACAGCAAAAGGAGAGGCAGAAAGGGGAAGUCCUCAAAGGCUUCAGGGGGGAAGCAGAAGGCCUCUUCUUCGGCUGCUACGCAGCAACAGCAGCAGCACCAGCAGCAGCAAGAGCAAGGGGGGCUGGUGCUCGAGGACGUCGACGCUGCUGGGAUCGCCUCGUGGGAGUCGAUCCCAGAGCAUAUAAAGGAGGCAGUGUGGGGUUUGCUGCAGCCAAGGCUUGCCCAGGCUUUUGCUGCAGCACUUGCUACCUGCCAAGCCUCUGUGCUGCAGCAGCAGCAGCAGAAGGCAGCAGCAGAGGGCGAGUUGCUGCAGCAGCGCUACGAGGUGCUCUGCUUGGGCUUGAAGGCCUUAGAGGAACUGCAGCAGCAGCAGCAGCAGCAGCAGAAGCCGAGUCCCUUAGUUGCUUAUUUGUUUAAAUUUAAUGCCUUUGAAAUCAUCGACCGACUCAUCCUCGUGGCUUUCAGACAUGCGAGUGGAGAGGAGGUGGAGGUCAGCAGCAACAACCGGCAGCAGCUGCUGUCUCGCCUAGCAGCAAGCCCAGACGAAGGCAGCAGCAGCACUGCAGCAGCACUGCAGCAAGCAGCAGCUGCAGCAACCAAACGCGACACCGCAGCAGUGGGGGGACUCAUAAAAGAAGCAGCAGAUGAAUGCCACGUCUUUUUGCGUGCACCAGACAAACGACGGGCGAAGCAGCUGCUGUCAGAGUUGCGCUCCACGUGGACAGCAGCAGCAGCAUCAGCAGCAGAGCUGCAGCAGCAUCGGAAGCUCUGCCACGCUGCAGCAAAUCUGCUGCUGUUGAAGCACGCUGGGGUGUAUCUCGAGUUCCCCCAAGAGGAUUGGGCCCUUUCUGCUGCUGCUUCUCUGCUGCAGCAGCAAAGCUUAAAGUCACCAGUAGAGGGCUUACAAGAACUUAUAGCCCUCACAGAAGCCCUAAGCAAUGGAUCUGAGGAGGCCCUAAAGGAAGCUGCAGCGGCUCUCAAACCCAAAACCACCGCAGGGCCAAAUGCAGCAUAA